GGAAUUAGAGGGAAGGGGUUAAACUGUUCCAAGUUAGCCUGUUUGACGGUACCGUAUUCAGAAAAUCAAAACAUUCAUCUUUAACCUAGAAUUUUUUGAGUUUUAUAAACAAAUUCAAAUGCAAUUUUUAAUUUUUUAUAUAAUUACAAAUUUAGAUAAACGAAUUUUUGGCAAAAAAUGUUUCAUUUUGCAAAUUCUGUAUGUGUUUUUGGAAUAUGCCUGUGUAUUGGUAUUUUUGCAAAUGCAAGUAUUGAUUUUGGCCCACAAGCAAAGAAGAGUCGAGAUCUUGUAUUAAGCUUUGAACUUGAAAAUCCAUUGAAAAUUUUCAUCCUUGCUAUGAUGGCUACUAUUGGAAAUUUGAUGGAAAUACCUUGGCUAACAAUUCCUUGGCUGAAAUAUUCAGCAUGUCGAAUGGCGCACCAAUCUUUCAACUAUUUAUAUGGAGCGUCAAGAAUAAGUGACCCUUAUUUCCUUAUUUCUUAUACAUUCAAUGGAAUUGUUCUUCGAGCUUUGUGGUUCAAAAUGUUAGUUGUGUUUCUACAAGAUUUGACAAGAUAUGUGAGCUUGAAGUAUAAUGAGAAUGAGCUGAUACAUGAGCUUGAUAUAAAAUAAUUCAAAUCACCUACAUUUUUAUUAUAAAAAUAAAAAUCGAUUAUAGUACAUUACAGUAAUCUAUUGCAGUACAUUGACCACAUAAAUGAUUAUUUCUUUUCAAUUUUUUGAAAAAAUUCUAUAAAAGAUCAUGCUUACUUGAAAAAUGUUGUCUUUAAUUUUUAAAAUUACUAUUGAUCAGAGCAAAAAUAUUCAAAAUUAUUGAAAAAAUACUUUUUAUCCAAACGUAUCCUACAAUUAAUAUUAUUAGAGUAAAUAAUAGAUUACCUAUUUUGUAGAUGCUCAAUUUUUAAAUUAACGCGCCUUUUCAAUAUGGACGACUUCAUUGUGAGAUAAUAAUAAAACUUGUAGCAUAGUCAAAGUGAUUGAUAUAGUUAUAUUAUUUUACAUUUAAAGAUUGUUUUCGUCCAAGU